AACACCACACCCUGUCCUGUCCUGGAUCAUAACGGAGCUGCUGCUGCUCGCUGCCUCACUGCUGCUGCUUCUGUCAAAGGUCGACUCAACAUGGCGAUGGUGUCUGAGUUUCUGGGCCAGCUGACGCUGUCCUACGGAGCGGAAGUGGAGCCUAAAUUCCCCACUGUGGUGCCGGUACGGGACUUCGACCCGGCCAAAGACGCCGCCAGGAUCGAGACGGCCAUCAAGACUAAAGGAGUAGACGAACAGACCGUCAUCGACAUCCUGACCCGACGCAGCGCAGAGCAGCGCAUGGAGAUCGCCUUCGAAUACCAACGGAUCGCCAAGAAGGAUCUGAUGACGGCCCUGAAGGGGGCGCUGUCCGGCCCUCUGGAGGCUCUGAUGUUGGGUCUGAUGAAGUGCACCGCUGAGUACGACGCCUCAGAGCUCAAAGCAUCCAUGAAGGGACUGGGGACGGACGAGGAAACCCUCAUCGAGAUCGUCUGCUCCAGAAACAACAAGGAACUGGAGGAGAUCAAGAAGGUUUACAAAGAGAUGUUUAAGAAGGAGGUGGACAAAGACGUGGCAGGAGACACUUCAGGAGACUUCUCUAAACUGCUGCUGGCGCUAGUUCAGACAAAGAGAGAUGAGCCCUCUAAUGUGGUGGACUAUGAGAAGAUUGACGAGGACGCCAGAUCUCUGUAUGAAGCCGGGGUGAAGAGGAAGGGAACCGACGUGGUCACCUGGAUAUCCAUCAUGGCCCAGAGGAGCGUCCCCCACCUGCAGAAAGUGUUUGAGAGGUAUAAGAGCUACAGUCCAUACGACAUGAAGGAGAGCAUCAGGAAGGAGGUGAAGGGAGAUCUGGAGAAGUCCUUCCUCACUCUGGUGGAAUGCUUUGAAAACAGGCAGCUGUACUUCGCCAACAGACUCAGUGAAGCCAUGAAGAGUAAAGGAGCAAAGGAGAAGGUGGUGACCAGGAUCAUGGUCUCUCGCUGUGAAGUGGACCUGAUGAAGAUCAGAACAGAGUUCAAGAAGCAGCACAAAAGAUCUCUGUACCAGACCAUUGCUGAGCACACUAAAGGAGACUACCAGAAGGCUCUGCUCAGUCUGUGUGGAGGAGAUGACUGAGACCUCGACUCUGUGUGGACUCAGUUUCCCAGCAGGCCACUGGGUUUGUUAUCAGAUGACUGAAGUAUUAGAGGCUUUUGUUGUUUUCCUCUACAUUAAACAGAUCA